CUAGAAGGAAAGGCAAUUGAACAGCAGAGUCAUUUCGCUUCGUAGUGUCAAGACUAUUCACAUUGUUAAAGUAUUAAGUUUUAACUAAUUUUUCGCAAUGGCUGAGGGUCAGGAAGCCCCCAAGAAAAUUACUGUGUUUGUGAAAACUCCAAAAGAUAAACAGAGUAUAGAAUGUGAUAGCAACGCAUCCAUCAAAGACUUUAAAGAGCUUGUAGCGCAGAAAUUCAACUCGCAGACAGAUCGGCUGUGUUUGAUAUUCGCCGGAAAAAUAAUGAAGGACCACGAGACGCUGGGCACUCACAACAUCAAGGACGGCCUGAUGGUGCAUCUGGUGAUCAAGUCGGGUGCGGCAGGAUCGACGCCCAACAACCAGCAGGCGUCUCAGAGACCGCCGACGGCCGGGCAGCAGCCGGCGCCAGGCGUCGCGGCGACUCCGUUCGGUCUCGGCGGUCUGGGAGGUCUCAUGGGUCUCGAGGGCCUCGGCUUGGGCAGCGCCAACUUCAUGGAACUUCAGCAACGCAUGCAGCGCGAGCUCAUCACUAAUCCUGACCUCAUGCACCAGGUGCUGGAUAAUCCGAUGAUCCAACAGCUGAUGAACGAUCCGAACAAUAUGCGGCAGAUGAUUCUGGCCAAUCCACAGAUGCAGGAGUUAAUCGAGCGUCAUCCCGAGAUCAACCAUAUGCUGAGCAACCCUGAUCUGUUGCGGCAAACCAUGGAGAUCGCCAGAAACCCGUCGAUGCUGCAGGAGUUGAUGCGCUCCCAGGACAGAGCCAUGUCCAACCUGGAGUCCAUUCCUGGAGGCUACAACGCGCUGCAGCGUAUGUACCGCGACAUCCAGGAGCCCAUGUUCAACGCCGCCACUGAGCAGCUCAACACGUUCUCGGCCAACGGCAGCAGUGCAGGUGGAGCAGCAACAGGAGACGCGAGCAAUCCGCAACAAGGCCAGGAGAACAGGGAGCCACUGCCCAACCCGUGGGGUGGCCCUGGCACUGGAACACCAGCCACUGGAACGCCAGCCGGUACUGGCACGCCAGCCGGCACUGGCACGAGCAGACCCACCGGCGGCGCCAGUCAGCUGUUCAACUCGCCUGGCAUCCAGAGCAUGAUGCAGCAGAUGAUCGACAAUCCACAGAUGAUGCAGAACAUGCUGCAUGCGCCCUACACACAGGCCAUGCUGCGCACCAUGAUAGAAAACCCCUCCAUUGCUAGCAACAUGCUCGGUGCCAGUCCACUCCUGCCCGGCGCCAACGAUCCUCAGGCUCGGAGCCAGUUCAACGAGAUGCUGCCAAUGUUUCUGCAGCAGUUGCAGAAUCCCGAAGUACAGAACAUGAUGACCAAUCCCGAGGCGCUGUCCGCCAUUAUGCAGAUUCAGCAAGGCAUGGAGCAAUUACGAACGGCCGCUCCAAACCUCGCCAACACGUCAAGCCAGUUCAACGAGAUGCUGCCAAUGUUUCUGCAGCAGUUGCAGAAUCCCGAAGUGCAGAACAUGAUGACCAAUCCCGAGGCGCUGUCCGCCAUUAUGCAGAUUCAGCAAGGCAUGGAGCAAUUACGAACGGCCGCUCCCAACCUCGCCAACACGUCAAAUAGCAUGUUGAAGAAGACAAUUAUUGCAAAUUUGAAAAAUGUGAUUGUUUUAUUUUGUUGUCAGCUGGCUGGUAUGGGUAAUCCGAACGCAGGAGGAGGCAGUGCACAACCCCCCGAGGAGAGGUACCGUUCGCAGCUGGAGCAACUCACAGCCAUGGGAUUUGUCAACAGAGAUGCCAAUCUACAAGCGUUGAUUGCGACGUUUGGAGAUGUGAACGCAGCGGUCGAAAGGCUCCUAUCCAACGGACAGCUAAUGCAGAGCUAACAUUCCUCUCCAUAGAUUCUACUUCUACUGUCAUAGAUUUUUGUGUUGAAAGUUUCUCAAAAUAUUAUAAUAAUUACUAUUCUAUUGUUAUAAUAAAAAACAACUUGCGAUACUGUAUGUAAUAUGUGUGUGGGUGUAAGCGAGCCUCCUAUGUAUUUAGAAAUAUAUAUAUUAUUGCUCGCAUAUAUAUAAAUAUGUAUUAUGUUUUACAAGAAACCCUGGCGGUACUGCGGUUGAUUAUUGUAUCAUUACAACUAGUAAUUAUUGUUCUUUAAAUAAUGUUGCUCUAGACAUUAUAUAUAAUUUCAUGUCAAAAUAUCCUCAACAGUUCUAUUAGAUUCACAAUAAUUUCAAAGUCUUUUUUAUUCUCAAUUAUUACAGUAACUCCUUGGAUCUCUGAUCUAUUGUCUUUUCAUUUUCCGUUUAUUUUCCGAAUAUAUUUUUGCCGUUUGAAAGUAUAUACUAGAACAAGAAAAUCCUUUGAACAGAAUUUUUUUAGAAAAGAAAAUACUUUCAAUAUAUACUUUUACCGUUUGAAUAGCUGUAAAAAGCUACCUUUACAAGUUUUUAAGAUACUUGUUUAAUUUUGAUUUUUUAAUUUUCAUGGUUGAUAAUAGAAGAAAGUAAAAAUCAGCUUAUAGUUUAUUAAUUUAAGUUAAUUAAUCAUACUAAACCAAUGAUUGUUAUUGUUCUUGUUGAUUUAUGUUAUCAAUUUCUGAAGGUUUCGAAGUGUUCUAGACGUUUGGAGUGCAGUGGUUUUAUGAUGUUUGAUUGAGUUUUUGAUAGUGAUUGGUGAAUUUAGAUUUUAAUUUGUGAAGCUUUGCACAUUGCACAAGUCUUUUUCAAUUUUUAGAAUUGUAAACUGUAAUUUACUUCUAUUUCUUCUUGAGAGUUUUUAGGUUUUUAGUGUUGUGGAGAUAAUUAUUAAAACGUUAUUUUAAA